AUGAAUUCUUCCAUCCCUGACUGCACAUCAAAGUGUCGAUCCCUGAAGCAUGCUUUGGAUGUCCUUUCUGUGGUAACCAAAGGGAGUGAAAACCAGAUUAAGGCCUUUCUCUCCAGUCAUUGUUACAAUGCUGCAACUAUCAAGGAUGACUUUGGCAGAAAUGCUCUCCACCUUGUUUCCUCCUGUGGGAAGAAAGGAGUAUUAGAAUGGCUUAUUGAGAAAGGAGUGGAUCCACUGGUGAAAGAUAAAGAGUCAGGAUGGACAGCAUUGCACAGAAGCAUCUUUUAUGGACACAUUGACUGUGUUUGGUCUCUGUUGAAGCAUGGUGUUAGUCUGUAUAUCCAAGAUAAAGAAGGCUUGUCAGCUUUGGACCUUGUAAUGAAGGAUAGACCAAAUCAUGUAGUAUUCAAAAAUACUGAUCCUACAGAUGUCUACACUUGGGGAGAUAAUACAAAUUUCACCCUGGGUCACGGAAGCCAGAAUAGUAAAAAUCAUCCGGAAUUGGUGGAUCUAUUCUCCAGGAGCGGGGUUUAUAUUAAACAGGUGGUACUUUGUAAAUUUCAUUCAGUGUUUCUGUCUCAGAAAGGGCAGGUUUAUACCUGUGGUCAUGGACCUGGAGGACGUUUAGGCCAUGGAGAUGAACAGACAUGCUUGGUCCCUAGGCUUGUGGAAGGGCUGAAUGGUCAUAAUUGUUCCCAAGUGGCAGCUGCUGAGGAUCAUACUAUUGUAUUAACUGAAGAUGGAUGUAUUUAUACAUUUGGUCGGAAUACUUUUCAUCAAUUAGGAAUUAUUCCUCCACCUUCCAUUUGUAAUGUACCCAGACAGAUGCAGGCAAAAUAUCUGAAAGGAAGGACAAUCAUCGGAGUAGCAGCAGGCAGGUUUCAUACAGUGCUAUGGACUAAAGAAGCUGUUUACACUAUGGGACUAAAUGGUGGACAACUGGGUUAUUUACUAGAUCCCAAUGGAGAGAAAUAUGUAACCGCUCCUCGUCAAGUCUCUGCCCUUCAUCAUAAGGACAUCAUUCUGUCUUUGGUUGCUGCAAGUGAUGGGGCCACAGUCUGUGUUACUACAAGGGGAGAUAUUUAUUUACUUACAGACUAUCAGUGCAAGAAGAUCGCUUCCAAACAGCUAAACUUGAAAAAGGUUCUUGUAUCUGGGGGCCGUCUGGAAUACAAGGUUGAUCCUGAACAUUUGAAAGAAAAUGCGAGUGAAAAAAUUUGUAUUCUUGCAAUGGAUGGAGCUGGAAGGGUGUUUUGCUGGAGAUCAGUCAGCAGUUCUCUGAAGCAGUGUCGAUGGGCUUAUCCACGCCAAGUCUUCAUUUCUGAUAUUGCUUUAAAUAAGAAUGAAAUUUUAUUUGUCACCCAGGAUGGAGAAGGAUUUAGAGGGAAAUGGUUUGAUGAAAAAAGAAAGAGCUCUGAAAAGAAAGAGAUUUUAUCAAACCUUCAUAAUUCUUCAUCAGAUGUAUCUUGUGUCUCUGAUACAAAUAGUGUAUAUGAAAGAAUUCGACUUGAGAAACUUACAUUUGCUCACAGAGCUGUUAGCGUCAGCACAGAUCCAAGUGGAUGCAACUUUGCAAUUCUGCAGUCAGAUCCUAAAACAAGCCUUUAUGAAAUUCCAACUGUGUCUUCAUCAUCUUUUCUUGAAGAGCUGGGCAAACUGUUGAGGGAAGCGGAUGAAAUGGACAGCAUCCAUGAUGUGACAUUUCAAGUUGGCAACAGAAUCUUCCCUGCUCAUAAAUAUAUUUUGGCAUUGCGUUCUGACUUUUUUCAGAAAUUGUUCCUUUCAGAUGGUACUUCUUUAGACUUUACAGAUGUUUACCGAAAAGACGAAGAUUCAGUAGGAUGCCCUCUCUUUGUGGUAGAGAAGGUCCAUCCUGACUUGUUUGAAUACCUUUUACAAUUUAUAUACACAGAUACUUGUGACUUUUUAACUCAUGGCUUCAAACCAAGAAUUAUCUUAAAUAAAAAACCAGAAGAAUAUCAGGGUACUUUGAAUCCUCAUUUGAAUAAAAUGAAUUCACAUGAAGAUAAUAAGAAAUCAGCAUUUGAAGUUUAUAAAAGUAAUCAAGCACAUACAAAUAGUGAAAAACAGAGAAGCAAACUCAAAUCUUCCAAAAAAGUAAAAAGUGUUGGGGAAGAUGAUCCUGUAAAAAUGUUGCAAAAUGUUGCAAAGAAAUUUGGUUUCAGUAAUUUGUGUAGUAGAUUAGAUGGCGUCAGAUUUGAAAAUGAAAAAAUUAAUGUUAUUGCCAAGAAAACUGGUAACAAACCAAAGCUAAAUCAGAAAAAAUGUUCAUUUGUGUAUGAUGUGACCAUGAAAUCAGUGGAUGGAAAGGAAUUUCCUUGUCAUAAAUGUGUUCUUUGUGCUAGACUUGAUUAUUUUCGUAGUAUGCUGAGUAGCUCAUGGAUCGAGGCUUCCAAUUGUGCAGCUCUAGAAAUGCCAAUACAGUCUGACAUACUGAAAGUUAUUUUGGACUACCUCUAUACUGAUGAAGCUGUGCUGAUAAAAGAAUCUCAAAAUGUGGAUUUUAUUUGUAGUAUUCUUGUGGUGGCUGAUCAGCUUCUCAUAACUCGAUUGAAAGAGAUUUGUGAAGUAGCAUUAACAGAAAAACUUACCCUCAAGAAUGCUGCUAUGCUACUAGAAUUUGCAGCAAUGUAUAAUGCUGAGCAAUUGAAACUGUCUUGUUUACAGUUUAUAGUACUGAAUAUGGCAGCUUUACUUGAAGCAAGGUCUCUUGAUGUUUUAAGUGUUGGUGUUUUGAAGGAUCUUUCUGCAUUUUACCGAAAAAUGAUUCCAGCAAUGGAUAAAAGAGUCAUUACACCAUAUCAGGAUGGACCAGAUAUUAGCUUCUUGGAACUAGAUGAUGGAGAUAUUUUUUUGAAAGAAGAAAUAAAUAUGGAACAAAAUAAUUUGGAAAGUAUGUUCAAGAAGGCCAAAACAAAAGCAAAAAAGAAGCCACGUAAACGUUCAGAUAGUUCGGGAGGUUAUAACCUUUCAGAUAUUAUUCAGAGCCUACCAUCUACAGGAUUAUUAAAGUCUGGUAAGACCAAUUCUGUGGAAUCUCUUCCAGAACUGUUGACAUCAGACUCUGAAGGAAGCUAUGCAGGAGUGGGUAGUCCUAGAGAUUUACAGUCCCCUGAUUUCACAACAGCAUUUCAUUCAGAUAAAAUUGAGGGGAAAAAGAAACCAUAUGUUAAUGAUACACCUCCUACAUAUUUCAGAGAAGAUUUAAAACCAUGGGAAAAAUCACCAAUACUUAAAAUAUCUGCUCCACAGCCCAUUCCGAGUAACAGAAUUGAUAGUUCAAGCUCUUCUAGUUGGGCUGCUGGCUCUUUCAGUCCUGUCAGCCCUCCUAUUGUGGAUCUCAGAACCAUCAUGCAAAUUGAAGAAAAUAGACAAAAAUGUGGAGCUACGCCAAAGACAAAUUUGGGCAAAGUGCUUUCUUCUGGAGUCAAACUUUCUCAGAAACAACGAAAAAUGAUUGCAAUGACUACCAAAGAAAAUAAUUCAGGAGUGAAUAGCAUGGAAACAGCUUUAACUGCUCCUUCAAAAACCUCAAAACCAGCACAUGCGUGGGGAUCUUCUCUACAUUCAUUCCGAGAUUUUAUAGAAGAAAAAAAAUCCAUAACUGGGCAUAGUGCAGGAGAUCAUGUAAAAAAAGUUUGUUUUAAAGGAAUUGAAAAUCCCCAGGCUCCAAAAGUUGCAAGAUGCUCUGCUCAUGGCACCCCAGGACCUGAAGAUGUACCCCUUCUGGAAAGUCACAAUCCCUGGUUAUCUUCUUCACUGACUGCUUCUCCUGUGGCCCCAGUCACUUUCGCAUCUAUUGUAGAAGAGGAACUGCAGCAGGAAGCAGCACUUAUCAGAAGUCGAGAAAAACCCUUGGCUUUGAUUCAGAUUGAGGAGCAUGCAAUACAAGACUUAUUGGUUUACUAUGAGGCAUUUGGCAAUCCUGAGGAGUUUGUCGUUGUUGAAAGGACACCGCAGGGACCACUAGCAGUACCUAUGUGGAAUAAGCAUGGAUUCUAG